AUGGCGAACGUUGACAUCGCUACGCGGGAGCUUCGGAAGCCCAUCACUGUCUCCGAGUACCUCUUCCGUCGCCUGUACGAGGUCGGCGUUCGCUCGGUGCACGGUGUCCCCGGCGACUACAACCUUGCUGCUUUGGAUUACUUGCCCAAGUGCGGUCUCCACUGGGUAGGGAACUGCAACGAACUCAAUGCCGGUUACGCCGCAGAUGGAUAUGCGCGUGUCAAUGGCAUGGGUGCCCUGAUCACUACCUUCGGUGUAGGAGAGCUGUCGGCGCUCAAUGCCAUCGCCGGUGCAUACUCGGAGUUCGUGCCUAUCGUUCAUAUUGUUGGCCAGCCCAACACCAAGUCGCAGAAGGACGGAAUGCUGCUGCACCACACCCUGGGAAAUGGCGACUUCAAUGUCUUUGCGAAAAUGAGCGCAGGCAUCUCCUGCACCCUUGGACAGCUCAAUGACACUCUCCAGGCGGCGACGCUCAUCGACAAUGCCAUCCGCGAAUGCUGGGUCCGCAGUCGACCGGUCUAUAUCAGCCUGCCCACGGACAUGAUCACGCAGCAGAUCGAGGGAGACCGACUUGACAAGCCCCUGGAUCUCUCGCUGCCGCCCAAUGACCCCGAGAAAGAAGACUACGUGGUGGAUGUCGUUUUGAAAUAUCUGCAUGCCGCAAAGAAGCCCGUCAUCCUCGUUGAUGCGUGUGCGAUCCGCCAUCGGGCGCUUGAUGAGGUUCACGAUUUGAUGGAGGUUUCCGGACUGCCCACUUUCGUGGCCCCGAUGGGCAAAGGAGCUGUGGAUGAGACCCGUCCGAACUACGGAGGCGUGUAUGCAGGAACUGGAUCGAAUGCUGGUGUUCGCGAGCAAGUCGAGUCGUCGGAUUUGAUUCUGAGCAUCGGUGCUAUCAAAUCUGAUUUCAACACGAGCGGGUUCUCGUACCAUAUUGGACAGCUCAACACCAUCGACUUCCACAGCACUUUCGUGCGCGUGAGAUACUCCGAAUACCCGGAUAUCAACAUGAAGGGCGUUCUGCGAAAGGUUGUCCAGAAGAUGGGUAAGGUCAACGCCGAGCCAGUCCCGCAUCUCUCGAACGCGCUCUCCGAGAACGAGAAGACUUCAAGCAACCAGGAAAUCACCCACGACUGGCUUUGGCCGAAUGUUGGACAAUGGCUGAAGGAGGACGAUGUUGUCAUCACCGAAACCGGUACUGCAAACUUCGGCAUCUGGGAAACCCGGUUCCCGGCGAACGUCACGGCCAUCAGCCAGGUCCUUUGGGGCAGUAUCGGCUACUCGGUUGGAGCCUGUCAGGGUGCCGCACUGGCAGCAAAGGAGCUGGGCAAGCAUCGGACCGUCCUGUUUGUCGGCGAUGGAAGUCUUCAACUCACCGUGCAGGAGCUGAGCACCAUGAUCAAGAACGAGCUCAACCCCAUUAUCUUUGCAAUCUGCAACAACGGAUACACCAUCGAGCGAUACAUCCACGGAUGGGAUGAGAGCUACAACGACAUCCAGCCAUGGGAUAUCAAGGCCCUUCCCACCGUCUUCGGAGCCAAGGACAAGUACAAGGGCUACAAGGUGACCACGAGAAAUGAGCUCCUGGAACUCUUUGCCAACGAGGAAUUCGCCUCGGCGCCAUGCUUGCAGUUGGUGGAACUUCACAUGCCUCGUGAUGAUGCCCCGGCCGCUUUGAAGAUCACCGCUGAGGCGGCGGCCACUCGCAACAAGUAA